GUGGGGGGAGGGAUGGUUGGGUUGUUAUGCAAGAUAGCAAGAGCCUUAGAUCCAUUAGCCAAAUUGCAAAGCUUUGUUCGAAUUAUUCCCCAGGCGUAGAGAAGCUGUCAAAUAUUUUAGUUUUUUAGGUCAGUUUAGUACAUUGCAAGGAAGGGAGUGGAGGGGUGGGGGCUCUCUCUCCCACUCUCUUGAGAUAAUGCCUCUUUUGAGCACAGAGUGGUUUGAAAGUUAAAGGCUAGUGACUAUUUUUAAGGAUGGGAUAACGGGUGCAAGACUUGGGACUAGAUAUUGAGGUUUUUUUUUGGGGGGGGAGGGCGGCGGUGGUAAGCAAAAGGGAAAGGAAAGCAACCCAAAUACAUGGAAACUCUUAGCCACGGGUCAUGGCUUGUUAGAUGGCGCUUCAAGAUUUGGUGUUUGUUUGCGUGGGAGGUGGACGGGCUGCAGACUGUCUGGCUAAAUGAAUUUUACCAGACGGUCAUCACUUACAAGCCUCAAUUCAUCGCCCUCCACUGUCAGGAGGUGGGGGGGAAGUGGAAGGGGAAGGAGUACGAAAACCACAUGGUGCUGGUGGACAUUUUUGUGAAAGAGAUUCUUUCGAGUCCUGAGAUGAGAGAAUACAACAGAGCCCGAGUGUACCUCGAUAAGGACUUCACAGCCCACGACCAUUUCACCGCUCUGGGUAGCAUAUAUCUACUCCACGAAUCCAUUCACCGCAUCCGUCAGUUUGACUUCAAAGCUCAGAAGUACGAAGAGGUAUGUGGGAAGGAGGUGCACGUGGACGAUUUGGAGACCAACAGCAUGAUCGAGAAGGAGAGAUUCCCACAGAGCUUCUGGCCUGAUUUCAAGUGGUCCCGGAAAGGCUAUAUCCGGUCCAGGUGGAACAUCAAUGAUUGUGUCCUCGACCUGGUGAAUAUCCAUCUCUUCCACGAUGCCUCUAACCUGGCAGCUUGGACCACCAGCCCCUCAAUCUUCUCCGGGAACAGACACAAGGCCCUGGGUUACAUCCUGAGCAGGAUUACGGAUGCCCGGUAUGAAAAGGUGCCCUUUUUUAUAUUUGGAGACUUUAAUGUGCGUCUGGAUACAAAGAGCGUAGUGGAGACCCUCUGCAGCAGAGCCACGAUGGAGCCCGCCAUUGUACACAACACUGAGCCCGGCGACGUGAAGAAGCUCAUCUUUCAGGAGAGGGACAACAAUCGCAAGGUUCUGCUUAGGAUUGAAUCGAAAACCUUUGAGUACUUUGACCAGGAUGUUUUCCGGGAGAACAAUGGGAAAGCUCUUUUAGAGUUCGACAAGGAGCUGCUAAGUUUCAGUGACAAAAUCUGUGAGCUGGACAUUCACUUCCCACCCAGCUACCCCUACAGCGAGGUCUCCACUGAAGGAACGCUAUACUCAAACACCCGCUGUCCGGCCUGGUGUGAUCGCAUCCUCAUGUCUCCGUCAGCCAACGAAAUCGUCGCAAAGGGAAACCAUAUGUACGAUCUGAUGGGAUCCGAGGUCUGCAUGGGCGACCACAAGCCAGUUUUUCUGUACUUUCAAAUCACACCCUGAAAAUGCACAGCUCGUGGAGCAAAUGGGGGGAGUGGGGGUUGGGGGUGGGAUUGGGUCAUCAGAUGGAGGAGAUGCCACAAUGUGCCAUGUUGAUCAUUCACUCUGUGAGGGCAUGGAAGAUGGAAUUGGCUUCUUUGGACUCCGAACCCCAAUGGGGAGUGCUGCAGAAUUCUCCUCAGCCCUUUCCCAAGAUAUUCCCAGGAUUUCGCCCUGUCCUCGCCGGCCAUUUAAAAUCCCGGAUGGAUCUUCACAGUAAUGGACAUUCUACCUGGACUCCUGAAUCAAGAAUGAGUUGUGAGUAGACAGGGAGAGAGAGUAGAUGGUGAGAGGGACUAGUGUGGUAAAGUGUGUUUAGUUCCUUAUUUGCUGUGAGAGUCCAAGGAAAGCGUGGAUUACAUCAGCAAUGGUGUGUGUGAGAGAGUGUGGACAGGAAUACAGGAGUUUGCACCAACCAAAUCAACUUACUUUUUUUGCAAGACGUAAUGGGAAGACUGGAUUGUUGGCAUCGGUCCAGUUUAGCUCUACCUUCCCUCUGAUUUUCAUAAUACAGUAAUGCCGUGAUAAGCGGUUUUCCAAUUGUUGGAUUGCAAGGGCAUUCGGCUUCCCAGGAAGAGUGAAGCCAUAAUAACUUGCAUAUGGGAGGCAGAGUAAAUCUGCUGGCUCUUUGAAAGAGCUACCAACUAGUUCCACUCGCCCAGUUCUUAGCCGAUAACCUAUCCAAUUCCUUCUUGAAAGCUAUCAUUAAAUCUGCUUCCAGCAGUCUAUCAGGCGGUGCAUUCCAGAUGGUAACAACUCUCUAAAGUAAAAAAAAAUGUCUCCCCGUCUUCCCCUCAGGUUCUU